CACACGCAUUCACAAGUGCACGUCAAGUUGCUGCGUCAAGAGACGCACUAGCUACCGGUUGAUCGCUGGCUGAGCCUGACUACCAAAAGCCACACAAACACACACACACAGUGCAGCUAUCUAAAGCGCUCACCCAUCUAUCCAUCCAUCAUCCAUCCAUCAUCCAUCCAUCAUCCAUCCAUCAGUGUGUUCGCCUGACUAUCAGGAUCCACAUAAAUAUCUGAUCUACAGGUAAGCGCACCAACUGGUCUAUUCACCCUCACGGAACACUGAAGUUGUCACCCAAGGCGGAACCCCCCAUACACAAAUAGGCUGGAAACGGCCAUUCAAACGCGCGAGUCAGUCAUAUCCGUUUGUUCUCAUACCGAAAAAGAACGCCCAUUCAUUCGCUGUGUGUGUGAGUCUGUCUGUCUGUCAGCCGCUCGAUGCCCGCCGGACACAAAGGGUGAUUGACACCCAACGUGUCCGGUUCACCAUCGAGCGGCCGACAGUCAGCAAACCGACAGACGAUGCACCCAUCACACGCACCGCACGUCGACAGACAGAGAACGACUAUCUGUGUGUGAGUUGAGUGUGUGAAGGUGGACCCUCUCUCCCUCCCGACAUUCACAACCAAAAACCCAUCCGUCCAUCCGUCCGUCUAUCUGCCAGCCAGCCAGUCAGCCAGCGCUCACAUCACAUCACAUCACCUCACGUCAGUCAGGCCACGGGACACCACAGCAAGCCAUGGCGACAAACCACAAACCAGAAUCGCUCAUUCACCGUCACCCACAGCACAACGACGGACGUCACUCAGCGACCCACAGCAGACAUCGCAUCGCACCGCAUCGCCCCACAUCACUCUCACUCAGACCGCAGCCGGCAGGCAGGCAAGCCAUCCGUCCAUCCAUCACUCCAUCCAUCCAUCAACACACACUCUUUCAGUCAGUCACUCAGCACACACUCUUUCAGUCAGUCACUCGGCAAGUGAGAUCACUACGUGUGGGUGUGGGUGUGGGUGAGGUGGCGGGGGGCCUGUCAGUCAGUCAGUCAGUGAGGGAGUGGGUGUGUGGGUGUGGUGCGCCUCGUCGGAAAAGACUCGCGCACAGUCAGUGAGUGAGUGUGUGUGUGUGCGGUGGGCGGGGAGGCCAUACAACGGACGAGGCGGACGAGGCAGACGUGGCAGACAACAGACAGACAUCAGACAUCAGGGGCAGCUACGCCGUCGGUGCACUCACACAUCUCCUUGUGUGUGAGGUGAGUGAGCUAGUGGUCUGUCUGCCUGCCGCUGUCUGUCUGUCUGUCUGUCUGUGUCUGUGGCCUCCCUCCCUCCGUCCAUCCCGCAACACACCCUCUCCCAGCACCGCACUGCACCCAUCACACGCACCGCACGUCGACAGACAGAGAACGACUAUUUGUGUUUGAGUUGAGUGUGUGAAGGUGGACCCUCUCUCCCUCCCGACAUUCACAACCAAAAACCCAUCCGUCCAUCCGUCCGUCUAUCUGCCAGCCAGCCAGCCAGCCAGCCACCGCUCACAUCACAUCACAUCACCUCACGUCAGUCAGGCCCCGGGACACCACAGCAAGCCAUGGCGACAAACCACAAACCAGAAUCGCUCAUUCACCGUCACCCACAGCACAACGACGGACGUCACUCAGCGACCCACAGCAGACGUCGCAUCGCACCGCAUCGCCCCACAUCACUCUCACUCAGACCGCAGCCGGCAGGCAGGCAAGCCAUCCAUCAGUCCAUCCAUGCAUCCAUCCAUCCAUCAACACACACCUUCAGUCAGUCAGUCAGGGAGUGAGAUAACUACGUGUGGGUGUGGGUGUGUGCGAGGUGGCGGGGGGCAUGUCAGUCACUCAGUCAGCGGCAGUCAGUCAGGGAGUGAGUAGGUGCGAGGGUGGGUGGCGGUCUAGGCGGUCUUGGCCAUCCACACCUGCACACACACAUCAACACAAAGCGUGAAAUGAGUGAAUGAGUGGACGUGUGUGCCCAUCUGUCUACCUUUCGAGCGGUGUUGUGGAACUUCUUGGAUGUCUGCAGCUUCAGCUUCACGAUGCCCUCCGCAGUUACGAUCCAGAAUGGAUUCUGCACACACAGACAAAGUCAUUCGGGCAUCUAAGGGUGUGUGCGUCGGUGUGUGUAUGUGUGGAUGUCCGAUCUUUCCGCACCUCAUCCUCGGCGGCAGCAGGGUCUUUCAUGGGCAGGUGGUGCUUGUCGUUGGUGCACUCCUGCACACACAGAGAUAAACAUACGUCGAUGUCUCACAGCAGCGAAUCAUCAGACUUCUGUGUGAGAGCUUUACCUUGGACUCAGCGACUUUCUGAAAUCAUCAGACACAAACACACAUACACAGAACCACAUACACACAUUGAUGGACAGCCAUGCAGGCGUCUGUGCUGGCGAGUGUCGCUGUGUGUACCUUGGAGGUGGCAGUGGUGGUCGGCUGCUUGCUCUUGGGGGGGCCGUUGGCCCACAUGCCCUUGUUGUUCUGUGGACAAUCGCAUGUGUGUACACGUCUGUUGGUUUCGGGUGUGCCGCUUCUGCAUACCUUGGCCGACUGCUUGAAUUCCUUGUCGUCCUGGCUGCCAGGCAGUGAAGGGUAGUCCUGUCAGCCACACACAGCAGCAAUUCAUCAGAUGUUCAUUCGUGUUAAGCGUGUGUGUGUCGUGCUCACGUUCUCGUCCUUACCGAACUGGAAACCCCGUAAUCAGAGCACACACACACAUACACACACACAGAGGGACAGACAUGCAGGCAUCUGUGUGCGCGUGGCUGCAAGUGUGUGUCACUCUGCGCACCGUGUCGCUGCCGGUGCCGGUGGUGGUGCUGGCAGUCGGCGUCGGCGGGUCCUUCUUGACUGGCUGCUGCAAAAAAUCAAGACCGCACCAAUGGCUCCCGACGUGCCUUCUCCUUCCCUAUUCUCUCUCUCAUCACCCUCCCUCGCUUAACAUACCUUCACAACUUCGCGCCACUGAAACUUGGGCGAUGCCGGCUGCUGGCGACAAACUCCAUGAGGACCCCGAGGACGAAAACCACCAUGACGCCCCAUCGCGCGACGGACGGACGGAAUACGGACGGACGGACGGAAGAUGGACGGACGGACAGACGGCAGAGGGCCUCGCUGGUUGGCUGCUCGGUGGCUGGCUGGCUGGCUCGCGGGAUGGCACACGGCUGGCUGGAGAGGGAGAGGGGUGAGAGAGGGAGAGAGGGACGCCUGGCUGGCUCAGGCUGCUCACGGGUGUGCACGCGCGUCGCACCUGCCCCUCGAAGGCAGGUAGGGAUUCGUCCAGUAGGGUUCUCCGCUGGCCUGACCGGUCACUGGCACUGGACUCGGACAACCUUUUAGCCACAUCGUGCCUUGAUUCGGCGAGGGAUCAUCCAGUGCGAUGGGUAGACCCAUCCAGGGCUGACAGGAAAGACGG